CUUGUUACCCCGCCAAGUGAACAUCCACUAUGAAUAUAUCGUGCCAUAACAAAGUGGAAUAGAAUCUCUAUGAGUUCACAGUUAUGAUAUAAGUAGCUGUACUUGAGUACCGCAUAAUGUCAGCAAGUCUCCCCACCCUUCCAGCUGUUUUGCCUAUAGAGAGGUCAGCUGUAUCCGAGAAGUUGCAAGCCUGUGAUGAAGUCAAAAGGGAUGUUGAGAGGAUCUCAACUGAUACACCGGCAAUGAGUUAUAAUCCUCCUUUUAUCAAAGGAAGUGCUUGCUCUAAACUUGUCCAUGAGAUUAUUCUCGAUUACAAAAAGCAGUAUGCAACGAAGUUCCCUGACCGACCUCAGCAAAUAUCUCAAGCCAGGCGUGGUGGGCUCGUAUUUUUCCCGGGGACAAUACCCAUUGGAACUGACUUCAUGAUAAUUGACCCUCUUAUUGCGGAAGGAAAGUCUACUAUAGGUGAUGCGGAGGUAGACAUAAAGCACUACUACAUUGUUUUGAAGGAAUGUGAUGUUGUUGUUCAACCUGGGGGUAAACUGGUAACACUCGCCAUAUCUGAUAUAAGGUGAUGGAUUGCUAGUAAAAAUUAUUGCCAAACUAUUCGCAUAUCAUUGGGUCUGAAAGGUACUU